GGGAAUUUCAGUCUACGAUACGAAGACCAAAAGAGACCCUCCAUUCUCCAACCUUCAACUUCGACAAUGGCGGAGCAACUCACGGAGGAGCAGAUCGCCGAGUUCAAGGAGGCGUUUAGCCUCUUCGACAAGGACGGCGACGGCUGCAUCACUACCAAAGAGUUGGGGACAGUGAUGAGAUCCCUUGGACAAAAUCCUACUGAAGCUGAACUGCAAGAUAUGAUAAGUGAGGUUGAUGCUGAUCAAAAUGGAACUAUUGACUUCCCUGAGUUUCUAAAUUUGAUGGCACGCAAAAUGAAGGAUACUGAUUCAGAGGAGGAACUGAAAGAAGCUUUCAAGGUUUUUGAUAAGGAUCAGAACGGAUUUAUUUCUGCUGCAGAGCUUCGGCAUGUUAUGACAAAUCUUGGAGAAAAAUUGACAGAUGAAGAAGUGGAUGAAAUGAUACGAGAAGCUGAUUUGGAUGGUGAUGGUCAAGUGAACUAUGAGGAGUUUGUCAGAAUGAUGCUGGCCAAGUGANACUAUGAGGAGUUUGUCAGAAUGAUGCUGGCCAAGUGAUGUGAGCCAUCAACCAAUGAUAGUAAUCCGGUUUCUUCUGUUUCUACUGGUUAAGUUUGUUUCCAUUAAAUGUCAUGGGUAGAUUAAUGAAGAUGUUAAAUAUGAAUCUGACUUCUGGUUUUUCUAGUACCUAGUUAUGACUUAGUUAAGGUUCAGUAGCAGCAUUCUGUCAUGAAUUGUGUUUUGGGGAGAUAUGAGAUGGCUGUCAUGCUUGGCUCUUUAGGCUUUCACACUAUCUA